AUGUGGAGGUCGAUGUGGGUGUGGAAUUCGAUGGUGCUCGUCGAUGUAUGCGCUGAAAAGGUGCAGAGGCGAUUGGCAUAUAUGCAGUUCUGUGGUGUGGAGGCUAGUGAGGAAGGGAGAUUUGAUUGGCGGUUCAUUCUGGGAGUAAGGCCGGCGUGA